AUGGCUGCCAACAACAUGGUCAACCCCGCCGUGGACCCCGACCGCGAAGACGAGCUCUUCCUCAAGGAGGUCGAGGAAGUCAAGCGUUGGUGGAGUGAGCCCCGAUGGAGAUUCACGAAGCGUACCUUCACCGCCGAGCAAAUCGUUACCAAGAGAGGUCACCUGAAGGUCGACUACCCCAGCAACGCGCAAUCGAAGAAGCUCUUCGACAUCCUCGAGAACCGAUUCAAGACCAAGGACGCCAGCUACACCUACGGCUGCUUGGAACCCACAAUGGUCACCCAGAUGGCCAAGUAUCUCGAUACCGUAUACGUCUCCGGUUGGCAAUCAUCGUCGACCGCUUCUGCCUCUGACGAGCCUGGACCGGAUCUGGCUGAUUACCCAUACACCACCGUGCCCAAUAAGGUUGCUCAUCUGUUCAUGGCGCAGCUCUUCCACGACCGCAAGCAACGUCAAGAGCGCCUCAGCGUGCCGAAGGAGGCUCGAGCCAAGCUCGCCAACAUUGACUAUCUCAGACCUAUCAUUGCCGAUGCCGAUACUGGUCACGGCGGUCUGACGGCUGUCAUGAAGCUCACCAAGCUCUUUAUCGAGAAGGGUGCUGCUGGUAUUCACAUUGAGGACCAAGCCCCUGGCACCAAAAAGUGCGGCCAUAUGGCCGGUAAGGUCCUCGUCCCCAUCAGCGAGCACAUCAACCGCCUGGUCGCCAUCCGUGCGCAAGCCGAUAUCAUGGGCUCUAACCUUGUCGCCGUCGCUCGUACUGAUGCCGAGGCCGCUACUUUGAUCUCCACCAACAUCGAUCCUAGAGAUCAUGCAUUCAUCCUCGGUUCCACAAAUCCCAACCUGCAGUCCCUGAAUGAUCUGAUGUAUGCGGCGGAGCAAGCAGGCAAGGUUGGCGACGAUCUCCAGGCUAUCGAGGACGCCUGGCUGAAGCAGGCAAACCUGAAGCGGUUCGAUGAGGCUGUUGUCGAUGCCAUCAAGGCUGGACCCAACCCCAACAAGGACGAGAUGGUCCGGAAAUACACUACGGCCGCCAAGGGCAAGAGCAACACAGAAGCCCGUGCCAUUGCCAAGGGCAUUGUGGGCAGUGAUGUUUACUUCGACUGGGACUCGCCCCGCACGCGCGAAGGCUACUAUCGCUUGAAGGGCGGCUGCGACUGCGCCAUCAACCGUGCUAUUGCUUAUGCCCCUUACUGCGAUGCCAUCUGGAUGGAGAGCAAGCUUCCCGACUACAAGCAGGCGCAACAGUUCGCCGAGGGCGUGCACGCUGUUUGGCCAGAGCAGAAGCUCGCCUACAACCUUUCUCCUUCCUUCAACUGGAAGACUGCGAUGCCCCGCGCCGAGCAGGAGACGUACAUCCGUCGCCUGGCGUCUCUCGGCUACUGCUGGCAGUUCAUUACCCUUGCUGGCCUACACACCACGGCGCUCAUCAGCGACAAGUUCGCCAAGGCGUACAGCAAGCAGGGCAUGCGUGCGUACGGCGAGCUCGUCCAGGAGCCAGAAAUGGAGUCGGGCGUCGACGUCGUGAAGCACCAGAAGUGGAGUGGUGCUACGUACGUCGACGAGCUCCAGAAGAUGGUCACUGGUGGCAUCAGCAGUACCGCUGCGAUGGGUAAGGGUGUAACGGAGGACCAGUUCCAUUAA